AUGGACACUCCGUCGUCAGACCCACAAAAACUGUCAACACAACCGCAGACUACCGUAAAACUCGAGUCGCCUGAACCAAACAAUGUGAAAAUCGAAUCGCCUUCCCCGCAACCCGAGCAGCAGCAGCAGCAGCAGCAGGAGGACCAAAAAAUGGACGUCGAUAAACCGGCCGUGAACGAAGAAGCCGUCCGUGGACGACGAAUGAUGGGAGCACUGCUGGGCACGUUGGGUCGAAUUCAACGGGAAACCCAGGAAGAGCGGCAAAAUUCAAGAAUGCAGCGUCGGAUGCAGUUGGAGCAGCGACUUGCUAAGCGUUUACAAGAAGAACGCCAGCAGCUCGAGGAGCAAGAACGAACCGAGCUUGAGCGAAAGAAACGAGAAGCAGCCGAAGAAUUAGAGCUUGACCGAAGGGAGCUUCUUCGUCUCGUAGACGAACGUAAGGAGCAAUUUCGUUUAACGCAUACAAAGCCUCAGUUGUUUUACUGCGAAUAUCGAAGCUAA